AAUCUGCUUCAAAACUUUCUCAAAACUUGUUGAAUAUUUUUUGGCUUCAGGUGUCGUCGAGUAGACCACAACCAUGGCACGCAAUGCAGAGAACACGCAGAUUGGAGGGACCUUGGUGAAAGACCUUCCCUGUGAUGUUGCAUUGAAUUAUUUUCGCAUAUGCUCGCCGUAUGAGAGUACGCCCAAUGUGCAGGAACUGGGCGAUAUGCUCGCUAAUGCCAUCUACGCACAUUCCCAACGGGAGGAUGGCCGAGCGGACAAUGGUCAACUUGUGAACUUUAAUGUCCCGGAUGCCGACACUGUAAUGGCUUGGACGCGGGAAGUCUCUUUGGCCGAGAUUUUCUCUAAAGGAACAGGGAUCCGCACUUUAGUCAUUCCUGUUUACCAGAGGCCGUACACUUGGGGACGGACGGUUGUCAAGCGCUUACUAGGGGACAUUUAUGAGGCUUUCAGUAUUAAUAAAAAUAAACCGUAUUUUAUCGGAAGCAUCGUGCUGAACGACAGUCAUGAUCUUUUGGACGAAGAUGGGAACGAGGGAGAAUUUAGCGUUGUGGAUGGUCAGCAGCGCCUGACUACAUUAAUGUUAAUAUUUGCUGGUUGUCGAUCACUGUGCAGCGAGUCCACGCAGGAUGAGAUUCAAGACUACCUCGAGCAUUCACCGAAAUUUAAGCGGCUGUAUCAUUUGCGAGAGGGGCCUGGACCAGAGAUAUUUCGAAAGUACGCGAUGCAAAACAAGGAAAAUAUUGCAGAUGCAGCAAACGAGGAUAAUUCGGGAAAAAAUGCCCAAGAGGCUCGUACAUUGGUAGAUGCAAUGACCGCCAUAUAUGAAGAGUUGGAAGAACGUACCGAGCAACUGGAGACCAAUGAGGCGGACGAGUUCCUUGCGAGUUUCGCUGAUUAUGUCUAUAGUCGAUGCCGUAUGAUUUGCAUGACCGGCGCAGGGGAACGCGGCGGUCAUCGAAUUUUUAGUACGUUGAACGUAUGUGGGGUUAAGCUGGAUGUACUUGACUUCGUAAAGGCAAGUAUCUACACACAUGCUAUCAUGGAGUUUAACGACAGUCAGGCGACACGUAGCCGACGAAACUUCAAUGCCACAAUCCAAAAAGGGAUGAACGCUUGGAACGCCGUUGAGGACAAGCUACGGCGAUGGCCGAGUGGUAUGCACAGUGGUUUGACAAGGUUCCACGACCUUUUCCUGCAUUUCUACCGUCUUCACUUGGUGUGGCUAUGCGCCGACGUCUCUUACCGGGGGAGCUGCAUUGGCGAUUCAUCAAAAGAGGAAAAAGAGGACCACUUCCAGACUCUCUACAUGGACAGUUUCUCAGCGACGACGAUGUCAGAAACAGAUCGAUAUGCUCCUAUGUACAGCUGGUGUGGGGACGUUGCUGACAUAAAGAGCGCUAUACCCCGUCUCAAUUUCGAGAUCACGAUGCAACUCAUCAAGGAAAUCGGAUCUCAUUUUUACCAAAUUGUCAUCACUUAUGCUAGCAGUCGUGGCAGCACGGUUGACGGCUUACUAAACCUGGAAAAAAAACUUUUAAACUGCGAGAAGUGGCAAUUGACCUACUCCUUGUGGGUCACAAUUGCACUUGCUGCAAUGCAACGUCUCGCCAAGCUAUCCAAAAGGAAAGGCGGUGCAACUACUGGACAGCCUGCCUUUUGGACAUAUCUUGAAACGCUGAUGGUUGCAUACAUGUUGGAGAUAGAGGCUAAAGAAGACUUUGCUGAACAUUUACUAAGGAGGUCUUUCGAAGACCUGAAGAAGAUCGUGACAGCUGCAAGAGUUGAAGACAUCAUUGAACAGCUGUCUCUGCGGCAUGCACCGCGCGAAGGACGCCGAUACAGCGAAGCGGCUGAAUUCCUUAGGAGAAUCAAAGAAAAUGUCUACAAAACUUCCGGACCCUUCGCAACGAAAUAUCUUCUCGUUCGUUUAAAUACGUGCUCAUACGAACGGCCGGAUUGUCAACCAUACGAGGUAAACUGGAAACUGACCGAAGUGGAGCACCUGCUUCCAGUGUCGCUCGAUCAGCCUGACGACGGUUGGCCAGGGUGGACGGCCAAGCAAAUCAAGGAUGCCAAAAACAAGCUUGGUAAUCUGCUGUUACUUGGUCCUGGACAAAACAAAGAACUGUCGAAUAAGGCAUUUCAAAAAAAGCAAUCGCUUUAUCUGAGGUCAUCACUGGGUCCUUGCCCUUUUGCCAUUACGGUCCGACGUGCUGGGUUGGACAGCUGGACUUAUGAUGAUUUUGAAAGGGAGCAAAACGAUAUUAUCAAGAGGCUACAGAAAGUUUUCAUGACUCCGGCCUCCCCAGUCCAGGCUGGGGCUUCAGGAUCAAUACAGGAUAUGCAUCCGCAUGAUGUCCAAUAUGCGGCUGCUGACUCGGGGGAGAAUAUACAUUGGCAAGGUUCGACUGGCGCCAGCGGCUUGCCGGGGGUCCAAAUGCCGUCAGCUCAAGCAGAGCUGUCACCUGCCAAUUUGUUCUCUGAUCCCAGCACGGCCGCGGAAGACGACCAUGACAGCCACGCGGCGACUGUGAUGGCAGAAUCAGGAGAGAAUGGGCAAGGCGCUGCUGCCGCUGACAUCCUGCCACGAGCACCUCCGCUGUCAGCGCAAGCAGAGUUGUCACUUGAUUCUGUCAUUCUCACCUCCAUGGACGUCGCCGUGGAGAAAGAUGUCUCUGACGAUGACGCGGAAAACGAACUGGGAGAGAGAAUACUAGCCCAACAGUUGCAAGAAGAUCAGGUUAGAUAUAUGCAAGAAAGGCAGACUGUUGGUGAUGAUGUUCGACCUUGUCCAGAGAAAUGCUACAAAGAGAGAGUCGCAACAGCCACAUGUUCAGGAACAAUCACUGCGAAUGAAUCUCAUUGCCAUUUAUGUCACUGGAUCGAAAGCGGCGGACAAUGUUCGAAGACACCAUCUGAAGGAAAGAAAUUGUGUAUCGAUCAUAACCGGCUGCUUCACUCUUGUGCCCAACAUCUUUUCGUCGGAAAGAGCAACUCUCCGAGCCACAGGAUCUGCUACCGUCCUCAUGUGCCGGGCCGUGAGUUUCGCGGAAAGCACGCGUGCGAUCAAUGUCACCAUUGCAAGGCGCGCUCUCGGAUCGCAUGUAAAGAGCCUUCCACCAAAGACGAUAUUUUUUGUGUUGAGCAUAGGAAACAUUUCGACAGUUUGAAGGACGCUGCUAGAAGUCGCAGACAGAAGGCUGAUGAACGCAAACGGAAAAAACGUCAAAAGUCCCAAGAUAGUUCCAAGCGAGCUAAGCCUUCUUAGCGGAUGCUGAUAAAUGCAAGUGGAAACAAUUCCAAAGUUCUUUAAAAGAGUUCCAAGAUAGCCACGUCGUCAUUAGCUGACUUUGAGAGUGGGAACACUGUGUUACAUGUCUUCAUCUCUCCCGUAUUCUUCUUAAGCAGCCCUGAUAGGCAAGUUGCUUAUCUGCUACUGUUACGACAGGGUAUCUGAACCACAGUGGUUAUGGGCAGCAUAAACAAAUACAUCAUCACAGUACAUGCCUUCAUCUCUCCCGCGUGUGUGAUGGGCCUUUUGAGGAGGACUUGUGUAUAUUGGGCGUAGUAGUGCUCGGUUGAGAUUGGGAUUGUCAUUGUCGUAAACUUGCGAAUUUGGCACUUUGGUCCUGCAAGUUCGUACUUUAUAAACACUGGAGAAAUUGGCCAGCAAUCGUGGC